AUGUCAUCCGUCGCCAUAAAUUCCUUGGGUAUUUUUCUGCUUUUGUUGCCUGGUAUUCUUGGUCAGUGCGUAGACUGUAAUGCUCACUGGAAGUUCCAUUGCCAGACCAACUAUACGGGUUACUACUGCGCUCCAGGCGCUUACAUCAGUAAAAAGUUGAUUUUAAAGGACGAAUGCCUGAAGAAUAUCAGGGCUUAUGAUAGCCCCUUCUCUCCAUGCACGCCCUUCCCUAUCCAAAUAACUUACAUCGAGACGUUUUGCUGUCUUUAUUCACCCUCGCUGGGCUGCCAGUUGGCCCUCAAUCCAGGUGUCUUGAACAAGGAGAAGCUACCUGUCAGCAGAUGCGAGGACUGCAUUGAACACUGCCAAUGCUUGAACAAGGGUGCACCUCCCUUUCAGCCCUCUAUAAAGUUACCUCUCUUGGGGAUUUUCGCCCUGCUACCUCAGUUGAUCUAG